GAUUCUGAAUCUGAAGGGAAAGAAAUGCGACGGUUUUAUGUUCGCCCCACGGCCACGUCAAAAGAAGACUGUUUUUGAAGAUUGCGCCCCUGGUUCUGUCAUUUUUCUGCAGCAGCGUCUGUGGUGUGUACUUUCACCAAAUGAAGAUCAAGGCAAACAGCAAGCUGGACCUGCGUAGUGUGCAGUAAUUCGCGAUCUUCGAACAAAAGAAGCCUGUCGCAGUACUUACAGCCAAGCUAGUACUUAUCUGUGAGCAUGUCGGAACAAGAAUGAAUUAGAAUUUUCUCUCAGUGUCAAUAUUUUUCGCCAUUUGCAUUAUUUUAAAGGCAGCGCAAAAAUAUUCGACCUUUGGGUUUGGUUUUGGCUCGCAACAUUCGCCGAAAGCCACACACAGACACACCAUUGUUGUAGCAGAACUGGGACCUAAGACCACUAAGCGCGAGGAGACAUUAUAAUGCGAGGGGUACUGAUGCAGCCCAUCGGGUUUCUUCGUCCGGUGGUGCGUUCUUUCGGAAUGUUUCUGCAUCCCUGUAGUGUUGCGGGACUUGCGUUGAAUCUACGAUCAGACCCAGUGGCCAGGCCGUCCGACUUUGUGCCAAGACCUCGGCCGAGGUCACUAGAGGACGAGUAUGGCAAUGGCUAUGAGAAGGUCGAAAGUAAUGCGCCUCGAUCCCAGAACCAGUACCGGAUGAAAGUCGGGCGCUUCACGAUUACUCCGGCUGAGGAAGACGAGGAUAGCAUGCGCGACGAUCUUCCAGCGACUGUGCGAGCGCUAAGUAGAACGCGGACCGCUAGCGGCGGCAACAUCGUGGAAUUGCUGCACAAAAGGCCGCCCUCCGGCAGCACCACAAAGAGCUCGUGCUCGUCGUACAGUCCUGGUAGUUCGUCUAGCUCGUGGUCCCCGUCAGAAGUGCCCCGACCUUUGCUGUCAACUAGCGGCGCAGGGGUGAGUAACAUGGUAAGUAGCAAGAACCAGGCACUCCGUUGCGCUGCUGGAGAGCUGCAACCAUCUGCGGUAGAAGCAAAGGUUUGGGUUUGGCAAGAUGUCGGCGCAGCUGCACGGGAACACGAUUUUGGCCCACGGCGCCUUGUUUUCCUAGCAAGCUUCUUGGACGAUGAGAGUAAACAGCAGGAGUUUUGUUCCACCUCUGAAAUCAACGACGAGGACCGUCGAGACCGAUGCGUAGGGCUAGUCGUAUCCCCAAAUAAAAAAACGAAAAAGACCACAGGGACCACAGCCAGAGGUCUAGGGGUUUUUCGCCCCAGUGCGCUGCAGUCUCCUAAGUAUUACGGUCUCCAUUGCGAGGACCCAGGGAUUUUCAGUAUUCCCGAAGAGCAGUCGCCGGACUGUAUCACGCAGACGCCAGCAAGCAGUUCAGGCUGCUACACGGACGUGCCGUCGGCUUCCUCAGACUGGGAGACAGACGAAGCAGCAAUGGUGAUGAAGACAGCUCCGGCGGCCGACGGAGGCACGGCAGGUGAAACUAGCAUUCUCAUUGGUGUGAAUAAGGAGCCCCCACCAGCACCAGAGGAGCGCAUUCACGGAGGCCCGUCGAGGACUAGAAUUGAAAAACCUGGCUUUUUUUUUCCCGCCAUUGUCGACGAGUUCAUUCCUGAGGGUAUUUCCAGAGAAGUCCAGCAGGAAUUCUAUGCGCGACAGGAACUUGGGGGGCAACUUGGGACGGUCGUUCGAGAUAUGGUCCACAUUCAAUCUGGAGGUCAGUACGUAGUAAAAUAUAUCGCGAAUGUUUGAAACUCUGUGGUUCAAAUAAAGUAGAUUCAUCAUGAGGAAAGAAUGCCAGCGCGGAGCCGUGGACGACAUUUCACAGUUUUGUUUUCUCAUUUCAAAAGACACUCACUCACACGACGUCAGUUCACCUGUUAACGUGUGCACACAUAUGAAAUUAUUUCAAGGUUUGGAUACUUGUACGCGGUUCGGCGCACCUACAGUGUCUUUUCGGGCCUGCGUGGCACGCUCUUGUCGUGCACGGCUAGCGGAACGAGCGAGAGAAAUUCCUUCUCUCAAUGCAGUUCCAGCGUCGCGUGUGUGGCUCCCGGCUUCGGAGCAAUUGUUGUCCGAUGUUCUCACGCUUGUGUGUGCCAGAAGAAAACAAGUUUCGCUGCGAACGCAAACUACAUGCUCCCGAGGGCUAGCGGGCCAAGCAGGUGAUGCGGAAAACGAAAAAGAUGCAACAGCAGAGGAACGACUUUUGCAGCUCCACCCAGACAACCGCCGUACAAGCGCCUGCAGCGCCAAUCACGAGGGGCACCCGAAGAAUUCCCGGAGCGCAAUGCUGCGAAACAAAAGCGGAGAAAGUGACACCUCCUGGCAUCGAACCUCACUCCUGACGUCGACUUUGGCAGACGCAGACUGCACGAUUUUACUGAAAGAUGAUAAAAAGAAAUCUGGCGCUCCGGCUGUUUCCCUUACAGAGCAAUACGACACCGCUGUGCGCUGGGAUGCCGUGGGAAAUAUACUGCAUUUCUACCUUGUCCAAUCCGAUGCGUUUCCUGCAGCGUUGCGCGGUUUGUCGAACGAGGGAGCCCUGCGGUUGAACUUGAUCACUGGCGCCGUUGACGUAUUCCCAGAAUUAAUAGCGCGAGGAGCAUUCUAAAGUUAUCAAAAAAAGAGAAGAGUUAUCGAUUUGAAUGCACAUGUCGCGGUACUUACGUUUGUAAGUUGUGUUUUGUUUCGAAUUUAAAACCUAUCAGAACUCACUUGAAUUUUUGACACUGCUUUGAAGCUUUAGUGCCGUCUGAGGCACUGCAGUUUUUUGCGUCGCACGGUGGAAAAAAAAUGUUUUUUUCUGGUGCUGCGAAAGAGGGGCAGGUGUAGAGCAACUGCCGAGCCUUAGCGUAAACAAAAUUCGUUCUUGUCAUGUAAUAUUUCGCGAAACAGAUGAUGAUGAAAACGAAAAUUUUCCACGACAGCGCCCACCUGUCAUGUACCCCAAUACCCGAGAUGACAGGCGGCGAAAACAUGAUGACAGUUUUCAUGUAUUUUGAGAAUAAAGAUGAAGAUGAUUGAUCACAUACCUGGGGACCAACAGUAAAUGCGUACGUGUACAGGUUUUUUGUGCAGGUGCGCAAGUGAAAUUAUAAGUUGCUAUCUGUCUGCUGCCCUCCGGAUCGCUCGUGUAGAUUCUUUUCUGCGAUACUAAUGAAUGCAACACAUUUUUGAUUUUGAUAUUGGAAACGAACGAGCAGAGCUACACAUAUGAAAUGUUUUGGUAAAGGUAACUUCAUGAUGAUUGCCGAGGGAAUCUCUUGUCGAAUUUGAUAUUUCAUGUCGAGUGACAAACACCUGCGGUGCACCGGCGAGGAGCUGCGUACAUUUGCGAACAAAACGAU